AUGGCGACAAAAAAAGCUCCGGAUGUAACAACUAUGUUUGUCACCAAUCUGCCGGAUGGAUCUAGAAAGGAGACUGUAAAGAAGCUUUUCUCAAGACAUGGAAUCAUCUCUGAUGUGUACAUGGCAACAAAGAAAGAUUCAAACAUUUUUUUUUUUGCUUUUUUCAGAUUCAAAGAGGUGAAGGAUGAGAUGCAAUUGGAAAUGACUCUGCAAGGAUUAAAUUUUAUGGGUGCAAUACUGGAGAUCAACGUGGCAAAGUUUGAAAGGAAAGCCGCAUCCACGAGAUCCAGGAUGGAUCAGAGCCUCGAAACGAACAUGAGAAAAUUGCACCAAAAUGCUAUGGGAUCGUUCCGAGACGGCAUAUCCUUUGCUGCAGUUCUAUCUGGGCGUGAAGGUCCACCCGCGCUUCCUCCUCCUCCAGAGUUAACUAGAAAACCUAUCUUCCUUGAGGUUGAUUCGUUCUGGGCUCAUUAG